CUGCAGCCCAGCCGCAGCAACGCAGCAAGAGAUUUUAGCAGAGCAGCCAGGGCUGCUUCCUGAUGGGCAAAACAGCUGGCUGCCUGGGGAAAACAGCUGGCCGGGCCCCAGCCUCCUAAGGACAGAGGCAGAGCCUCAGAGGAGGACAGCUCCACAUCUGGGCUCCUGGGAGAAGAGGGCAUGGCCGAGAGGGAGAGGGUGGUCCUUUGGGGUGGGGUGGGCAUUGGGUGGGACCCUUGGAGAUGGGUGGGGCAUGGGCAGAUUCCUGGAGCAGAGGCCUAGAUAUGGUAGAUCUAAGUGGAAUUGUGACUCCAAGUGGGAUUUGGGGGUCUCAGUCUCCCCUCAAAUAGGGAAGAUGGCAGGGGAGCAGAUGGGGGCAAGACUGUGCUCAGCCUUGGGUCCUCUUGGAACCAGGCCCAGGCUUGGAGCCUGAGUGGGAGUUAGCCUGCUGGGGCUCCUGACCCCCAUCUGCGAGCUCCACCAGGACCAGGAGCGAGGUGUGGGCUCUUCCUCUGGCCAAGACCCACAAAGCAGGACAGGGGCCCAGAGAGCCCCCAACCCGGGAGACGUGAAGCUAGCGACUGGGCCGGAGCAGUGCCGGUGCUGGCGACGGAGGCGAGAACGAUGACGCCCGGGAGACGCCAGGCUCGGAUCGCGGCGGGAUGGCGCGCGCAGGUCAGGGGAUCCCCUCCCCCGCCCCCCAAGCGGCUCUUGCUCUCCGCCCACGCGUCGGCUCGCUGGUCUGUGAGGUUCCGACUGGGCCCGCCAGAGGGCGCCCGGAGGCACAGGAGGGAGCGGGAGCCGAGGGAACCCAGCAAAGGCCGCGGCCGAGUGGGUCCCACCCCGCGGGGUCUGCGGCUCAGGUUCAAGGGUCCGAUGGAUGGCCAGGGAAUCCGGGUUCAGGGCCAUCGCGUGCUCCGUAAAGCCGGGUUCCGGGGACUGUACGCCCGGGGAUUCGUAGUUGAGUGUUCUCAGACGCCGGGGUGGCUUGGAUGCCAUCACACCCGACCCUCGAGUCGGGAGGUGGCUGCUCCUGGAUCCCGUCUGGGGCGGGUCUCCGGGCCCUGGCCCGCCGGUGCCCUUGGCCGAGGAGAGGAUACUUGAGAAUCCACGAAUAGGAAUGAGGGGUUGGGGUUUCUUUGGGGGUAAGCUCCCCCCACCCUGCUCCGGGCCCGCCUCGGCCCCGCCCCGGCCCCAGGCCCCGCCCUGGCCGGGCUGCACCGCCCACUCCCCUCGGCCCCGCGGGGAGCCCAGGGGGCCGCCGCCGCUGCCCGAGCGCCCGCCAUGCGCGCUGCCCUCACCGCCCCGCUACUCCAGCUGCUGCUCCUGCUGGGGCCGCGGCUCGAGGUCGUGGGCGUCGCGGAGCCGCCGCUGCCCGCUGUGGUCCUUGUGAUCCUGGCCCGCAAUGCUGAGCACUCACUGCCCCACUACCUGGGCGCGCUGGAGCGGCUGGACUACCCCCGGACCAGGCUGGCCCUCUGGUGUGCCACGGACCACAAUGUGGACAACACCACAGAGAUGCUUCAGGAGUGGCUGACUGCUGUCGGCGAUGACUAUGCAGCUGUGGUCUGGAGGCCCGAGGGGGAGCCUAGGCUCUACCCAGACGAAGAAGGCCCUAAGCACUGGACCAAAGAGAGGCACCAGUUUCUGAUGGAGCUGAAACAGGAAGCCCUGACCUUUGCCAGGGACUGGGGGGCUGACUAUAUCUUGUUUGCAGAUACAGACAACAUUCUGACCAACAACCAGACCCUGCGGCUUCUGAUCGAGCAGGGGCUGCCUUUGGUGGCCCCUAUGCUGGACUCUCAGACCUACUAUUCCAAUUUCUGGUGUGGGAUCACUCCCCAGGGCUACUACCGCCGCACAGCUGAGUACUUCCCCACCAAGAACCGCCAGCACCGGGGCUGCUUCCGUGUCCCCAUGGUCCACUCCACUUUCCUGGUCUCCCUGAGGGCUGAGGGGACAGCCCAGCUCGCCUUCUAUCCCCCUCACCCCAACUAUACCUGGCCCUUCGACGACAUCAUUGUCUUCGCCUACGCCUGUCAGGCUGCUGGGGUCUCAGCCCACGUGUGCAACGAGCACCGUUAUGGAUACAUGAACGUGCCUGUGAAAUCUCACCAGGGUCUGGAGGAUGAGAGAGUCAACUUCGUCCACCUGAUCUUGGAAGCGCUGGUGGAUGGGCCCCCCAUGUGGGCAUCAGCGCAUGUCUCCAGGCCUCCAAAGAAGCCCAGCAAGAUGCGGUUUGAUGAGGUCUUUGUCAUCAGCCUGGCCCGCCGGCCCGAACGCCGGGAGCGCAUGCUGAGUUCGCUCUGGGAGAUGGAGAUCUCUGGGCGGGUGGUGGACGCCGUGGAUGGCCGGACGCUCAACAGCAGUGUUAUGCAGAGCCUCGGCGUGGAUCUGCUCCCUGGCUACCAGGACCCCUACUCAGGCCGCACGCUGACCAAGGGUGAGGUGGGCUGCUUCCUCAGCCACUACUCCAUCUGGGAGGAGGUGGUUGCCCGGGGCCUGGCCCAGGUCGUGGUGUUUGAGGAUGACGUGCGCUUUGAGAGCAACUUCAAGGGGCGGCUGGAGCGGCUGAUGGAGGAGGUGGAGGCAGAGAAACUUCCUUGGGACCUGAUCUACCUCGGCCGGAAGCAGGUGAACCCUGAGGAGGAGGCGGCCGUGGAGGGGCUGCCGCACCUGGUGGUGGCCGGGUACUCCUACUGGACACUGGCAUACGUCCUGAGCCUGGCUGGCGCCCGCAAGCUGCUAGCCUCACAGCCUCUGCACCGAAUGCUCCCUGUGGAUGAGUUCCUGCCCAUCAUGUUUGACCAGCAUCCCAACGAGGAGUACAAGGCACACUUCUGGCCACGGGACCUGCGAGCCUUCUCAGCCCGGCCUCUGCUCGCUGCACCCACCCAUUAUGCGGGGGACGCUGAGUGGCUCAGUGACACAGAGACAUCCUCGCCCUGGGAUGACGACAGUGGCCGCCUCAUCAGCUGGACUGGCUCUUACAAGACCCUGCGCGGACCCCGCUUGGACCUGGCUGGCAGCAGUGGGCACAGCCUCCAUCCCCACCCCCGGGACGAGCUCUAGGCCUAGGUGGUGACCCCAGAGGAGCAGGCUCUCCAGGGAGCAGAACAGGAGCCGCCACCAGGAACCACAGACCCAGCAGAGACCUGGCUGCCCCCUUGAGCGUGGCCACUCUGCCCUCUGGACCCGUCUUACAUUGGGAGAAACCACUCAGAGAUGAGUCCCCUUCCCCGAAGGUCCCGGAACACAAGGGCAGGGCUCGCAGGGCCUCCUACUUUGCCUGGCCUGAUUCAGUGCCUGGGGUGGAGGGAAUAAGGUGGGCUCCCCAGCCUUCAGUUUCAAGCUGGGCAGACUCAGGAGCCCUGCCCCGCCCCCAGAGACCCAGCUGCUGAGGACCCUCUGCCCCUUCUACCUCCACCUCAGCUCCCCACCCAGGUUGACGCCUGGGUCUCACCUGCCACCCUCUUCCCUGGCCAGUGGGAAGUGCAGGGAGGUGGGAGGAGGACCCAGCACACAGCAGGCGCUCAAUAAAAGCUGGCUGGUAUUGCACUUUA